GUUGAGUCCCCAAAAAUCUGGCAUCAGGCCGUUCUGCAUGUCUCCUCCCUACUUUCAAUUGCGCAGACAUGAGGCCGUAGUCUGUGAAGUCAGCAAAUUUGACUUAAUGCAUUCGGGGAUCAAACGACUGCUGUAGCCGACAGCUUCUUCAUCCCGGAUGGGGAAAGAGAGAACAACAUGUCCCACAACAUAAACUCCACUUUCGCAUCCGCCACCAUUGUGGCUGACGAGUGCAUAUAUGACAGUGCAUCACCAAGCGAUGAAUCGGGUCAGGGUCGCGUCGCAGCCUCGAUACUCGAAUCCAGAGUAGAGAAUGGAAGAACGUAUCACAAAUAUAAGGACGGAAAGUACUGGGCACCCAACGAUGAGCGAGAGAAAGAAAGACUCGAUCUAGUGCACAAUCUUUACCUCUUGACUUUCGACAACAAUCUUGGAACUGCACCGCCUAACCAACUGGACUCGGGCGUCAGACGUGUGCUGGACGUGGGGACGGGGACGGGGAUAUGGGCGAUUGAGUUUGGAGAGGACCAUCCCGAGGCCGAUGUUUUGGGAAUUGAUUUGUCGGCUUCUCAGCCCGAAUUCGUCCCACCCAACGUUCUGUUCGAGAUUGAUGAUAUCGAGGAACCAUGGACAUUUACGAGGCCCUUCGACUAUAUUCACAGCAGAAUGAUGAAGGGUAGUAUUAGAGAUUGGAGAACAUUUCUCCAAAGAUGUUUCAAUAAUCUCAGCCCUGGGGGUUAUCUUGAGCUGAAUGAUAUAGACUUCUUCCCUCACUCGGACGAUAACAGCAUCCCGGAAGGCAGUAAGCUCAUGAAGGCUUUUGAGCUCUGCUUCGAAGCACUCGAAGUUCUUGGCUCCCCGUUCGAAGAAUUCGGGCGGUUUGAGACUCUUCUCGCAGAGGUUGGCUUCCAAGACAUCCAGGUCCAUCGCUUCAAGUGGCCUACAAACACGUGGCCCAAGCACAAGAAAUACAAGUUAUUAGGCGAGUGGAACCAUGAAAACUUGUCACCCAACCUAGACGGGCUCCUCAUGGCACCAUUAACGAGAGCUCUAAACAUGAAGCCAGCCGAGGUUUAUGUCUACGCCAUGGAGGCUCGUAGGGAACUCGCCGAUAGAACUAUUCAUGCCUACUUCGAUGUGUAA